GAGUUGCUAGAGCCAGAUGAACCCAGGCCCUCCCACUCCACUGGCCGCCAUGGGGCCGGAGCUGCUGCUCCCACUGCUGCUGCUCUGGACUCAGGGGACCCGAGAGUCCGAGCUGGAUCCCAAGGGGCAGAAUGUCUGCAGAGGCAGCAGCCCCUCUGCCGAGCUGCUGUGCUGUCCAGGCUGGAAGCAAAAAGAUGGCGAAUGCACUGUCCCCAUCUGUGAGGGACCAGACGCCUGCAGGAAAGACGAGGUGUGUGUGAAACCAGGCGUCUGUCGGUGCAAACCUGGAUUCUUCGGGGCCCAGUGCAGCUCCCCCUGCCCAAGCCAAUACUGGGGCCAUGACUGCCGUGAGACCUGCUCCUGUUACCCCCAUGGCAAGUGUGACCCGGCCACAGGCGUGUGCCAGUGCCAAGCUGACCGCUGGGGAAAGAACUGUGAGUCCCUAUGUUCCUGUGGGCCCCACGGACGUUGUGACCCCAAGACUGGCCAGUGCCGCUGUGACCCGGGCUGGUGGUCAUCCACAUGCCGCCGCCAGUGCCAGUGCAACGCUGCGGCACGCUGUGACCCAAACACUGGUUCCUGCGUGUGUCCGUUGGGCUGGUGGGGCCGCCGCUGCAACUUCAAGUGCUCCUGCCACAAGGUACCUUGUGCACCAGACACAGGCCGCUGCAUCUGCCCACCUGGGUGGUUGGAGCCUGACUGCAAGCGGUCAUGCACCCCCGGCUACUAUGGGUCACAGUGCCGCCAAAGAUGCGGCCACUGCAAGCAGAAUGCACCGUGCUCUGUGGACACCGGCAGCUGUGAGUCCUGCGAGCCGGGAUGGAAUGGGACCAGGUGCCAGCAGCCCUGCUCACCAGGCACCUUUGGCGAGAGCUGCAGCCAGCAGUGCCCCCGCUGCCGGGGCGGGGAGCCCUGUCAGGUAGAAACAGGAUACUGCGAGCACUGUGACCCUGGCAGGCUGGGGUCCAGAUGUGAAGACACCUGCCCCAGUGGCUUCUUUGGGGAGGCCUGCAGCUUUUCCUGCCCCACCUGUAUUCAGGGCGCCUGUGAUGCCGAGACUGGAGAAUGUAUCUGUAGUGCCGGCUACUGGGGGACCAGCUGCAACAGUUCCUGCCUGGCUGGCUUCUAUGGUAGCAACUGCUCCCUGCCCUGCCAGUGUUCAGAUGGACUCUGCGACACUGUGUCUGGAGCCUGCCUCUGGGGCCAUCACAGUAAGGAGGCUUUCCUCAUUCCGGCCAUCCUUGGGCCUCUGCUGCUGCUCCUCCUGGGCCUCGCCUGCUGUGCCUGCUGCUGCUGCACCGCUCCACGGGAGCCUAAGGACAGGCCUGCGAGGGGUGGAACCACCUUGUCCAGGAUGAAGCAGCAGGUCUGGGGGGCACUGAGCAGCCUGGGCUCUGUACUGCCAUGUGGCUCCCUCAGUGGCUACAAGCUUCCCUGGGUGACAGUCUCCCACCACGACCCAGAGGCCCCCUUCAACCCCAGCUUCAUCGAGCAGCCCUCUGCUGGUUGGGCUUCCGAGGACUCCUUCUCUUCUGAUUCGGAAUCUGGAACUGAACAUGAGGAUCGUGCCUACUGUAUGUCAUCCCCAAAAGGGAUGGUUCCUGUGGCCCAAGAGUCGUCAGAGGCCACCUUCCCUCCCCCUGAGGACACCUCCACGCCGUUCCCUAUCCCAAGAACCUCUAGUUUAGCCCGGGCCAAGCGGCCCUCGGUCUCCUUUGCUGAAGGCACCAAGUUUGUGUCACAGAAUGGCCGAAGCUCGGGGGAACUCUCCAGCCCAAUCCGAAAAUCCAAGAGGCUCUCAAGAGGGGCCCAGCCAGGUGCUGAGGGCCGGGAGACUGAGGAGUCCACAAGCCUGGAGCAAGCCAAAGUGGAGAAGCCCCCUGCUGCUGCUGCCGCGGCCAAAACCAGCAAUUCUGCCAAUGGCCACCAAUUCCCUCAAGGUGGCCAGAAAGUGGCUGAGCCUGGAGAAACCACUGAGGGCAAUGUCCAAGAGAGCUCAGAUUCUGUGGCUUCAAUCUACAUGCUGGCAGGGAUGCCCGAGAAAUCUGAGAGCCCUGUCCGGUCUGUUCUCCGCCGUUUGGGUAACUUGCAAAAAGGUCAAGCAGAACCUAAGGUCAAGAGUGCCAUCCCUAAGCCCCCACGCCGAGCUCUAGGCCAGAAGAAGGCAGAAGCCUCCGGCUCUGGCAGCCAGAGCUCUGUUCUUAAUGCCAACCUUGUGGAGCCCACAGAAUCUGCAGGAGUUAGGCUGGAGGAGGUGUCCAGGGAGCUGGGGGAUGGCAAGGAGAGCCCAAGGAGGGCUCAGGAGCCAGUCUCCAGCAGCAGCCUCCAAGAACAAAAUCCCCAGAUGCAGGCGGAAGAGGAAGAGGAGCCCCUGUAUGAGAAUCUGCACACAUCUGGGCGACCAGAGUCUUGAAGACCUUGGACUUGGGGAGUGGGAAGAAUACGGAUGGGGUGGGGAUGGGAGGACAUCAGAAUCUCUGCCAUAAAUCAGUUGUGCUUUUUGCUGGAAAUUUUUCCUAGAGCCAGGGUAUGCACACCAGAGCCUCUGCACUGGAACAGGCGAGGGGCAGAGGCCAGCUGGCCCUGGGCCCUGGCAUCGGCCCGGGAGAAGGUCUGGAGCGUAGCCAGGCAUCCUGCAGGAAGUGGUCAGGAAGAGGGAAAAGAUGCUAUAGGGACUUUUUGUUGGUUGCCCUGGAUUUUGCCCCCAAAGACUAUUCUUCUGUUUAUUUGCCAAAUGUUUUUCUGAAAUGGGAAACAACCUAAAUGUUUGAUGAUAAAAGAUUGGUUCAACAGAAACUUCUUAUGAGUUACUGUACAACUAAAAAUCCUGUUGUACAAAAAAUAUUUAAUAUGAGAGAAUGUUCAUGCAAUGCUAUGUGUGUAAAAACUGACUUAGCGUCGCCGGAACAUAGCACAGUUCCAUUGUUUGUGGUUGUUUCAGUGCUAGAGAUGGAACUUAAGCGAGGCACUUGCUCCUCUGCUGAGCUCUAUCAUCAAUGUGCCUUCCUUCCUUCCUUCCUUCCUUCCUUCCUUCCUUCCCUCUUUCCUUCCUUAUUUCAAGAGAGUCUUGCUAUGUGAUUCAGGCUGACUUUGAACUCACCUGUGUAACCCAAACUGGCUUUGAACUGGCACCUCAGCAACCUGAGAACCACCAUGCCAGGUUCCAGACUUUCUUUAACUUUGUUUUUAGUUUUUUUGUUGACAUGGAGUUUGUUAUGU